CAGGCUCCGGCAGGGAGGCGCCGGGCGCGCAGAGUCGGGAGCGCGCAGCCGGGGUCGGGAGCCCGCGCCCGGUGCCGGCGGCCGGCGGCGAUGAAGAUCUGGAGCUCGGAGCACGUGUUCGGCCACCCUUGGGACACCGUCAUCAAAGCUGCCAUGAGGAAGUACCCGAAUCCAAUGAACCCCUGUGUCGUGGGAGUGGACGUGCUGGAGCGCAGUGUGGACGGCCGGGGCCGGCUGCACAGCCACCGCCUCCUCAGCACUGAGUGGGGGCUGCCCGGCUUCGUGAAAGCGAUUUUGGGAACCAGUAGGACUUUGACAUACAUCAAAGAACAUUCUGUGGUGGAUCCAGUAGAAAAGAAAAUGGAACUGUGUUCCACCAAUAUCACACUCACAAACGUGGUGUCGGUGAACGAGAGGCUGGUGUACACACCCCACCCGGAGGACCCUGGAAUGACGGUGCUCACGCAAGAAGCCAUCAUCACCGUGAAGGGGAUCAGCCUCGGCAGCUACCUGGAGAGUCUGAUGGCCAGCACCAUCUCCUCCAACGCCAAGAAGGGGUGGGCGGCUAUUGAGUGGAUAAUUGAAAAUUCUGAGCGCGCCGUGAGCUAACGGGGUCUGCCCCUGGACCUAAUGCUGAACAGUGAUGCCUCACCCAAAAAUCAAAGAAGAAAGAAAGAAAGAACAGAAGAAAAAAAGGAAGGAAGAAAUAAGUGAACCUUGAAUAUGGUUCGCCCAGUCUGGGAGAGGUGUGGAAUCUGCUGGAAUCUGCCACUUGCCUGGUCACAGUGUCCACCGGGCUCUUCGGCGAGACCACUCAAGACAGGAGGCCCAUCUGUUGCAGAGUGAGACCCAAAGAAGGGAAGAACCCCCCAGCAGGAGGAGGGCAAGGGCCGCAAAGCUGCCAUUCUGCCGCUGCCCACUAGCCAGCCACCCCCGGGCCGUGUUGUCAGACUGCUGUGGGGCCUUGUCUGUCUUCCCCGGGGCAGCAGCUCCCAGCAAUUUUCUGCUGACUCUUGGGAUCUUACUAAACAAGUUUACUCUCUCCUGAUGACUCCCCAUUUCCUUCCCAUGCCUCUUGGCCAACUGCCGGCACUGCCAGUCUCUUCACACGUAUCUGGCCACUCUCUGUCACUUCAGAUGCUGUCGCCAUGCAUCCUUCUUCCUGCGGUUAAUGUGGGUCUGCACAUGCUAGAAUAGGGGCAUUCACCCCCAUGGUGACGUGUGUGGUGACAGCACUGUGAGCUGUCCCAUCACACAGUUGGAACCGGCCAAGGGAGCAAAGUGCUCUGCCUUCAGGCUGUGGCUGGCUUGUCCUGGGCUCCUGGACCAGUGACCCCAGGGGCUGAAUGAAGGCUUGUUACUUGUCACCAUUCAGACCUGUCCCUGAGGAGGCUCAUGCACGUGGAGCCAUUGUGAGGAGGUGGUCACAAAAUGCUUGUGAGCUUGAGCUGUCCUAUUAGCUUCUUAAGGUACUUCCCAGUGGGGAGUUUUAACUUCCCCCUUUUCAGAAGUAGACUAUAAAAUCUUUCAGUAUGCUUCAAAAUCUAAAAACUUUAGAGAAGGCCUCCUCCUUAAACGAUGAGUAGAACUGUGUCUACCAUUUUUUAGAUAAUGCUUUUUGUUUGAUAAUAGUACUUCUAAUCCAACAUGAAAUACUCAUUUAUAUUUUUAACAGAAUAUUUUAUGCUUAAGGGUGUAUGAGAGGCUCAAUUGGUUGAGCAUCUGCCUUUGGCUCAGGUUGUAAUCCCAGGGUCCUGGGAUCGGGCUCCCUCCUCAUCCGGGAGUCUGCCUCUCCCUCUCCCUGCUCACACACUCUCUCUCUCUCUCUCUGACAAAUAAAAUAAUAAAAGUUUUUUUUAAAAAAAGAAUAUAUUAUAGCUCAUGGUAAAUCAGAGUUAAAGGAUUUAAAAUAUUUAAAUAAUUUAAAAUAACCUGCCCUUACUCCUUCUGCAAAGCACAUUUCUACCCUUCUAAGGGGACGCUUGACACUUUUGGCAGUUUUUGGCUUUUACUGCUAGAUUCCUAAGUAAGUAUAUCCUGCUAUUUCUUCAUUUGCCAAUUUUAGACAUUAUCGAUAUAUUAUUUACCUGUUUGGUAAACUAUUAUUUUCUCUCUGUCAUCUCUUCCUCUCCUCUCCCUUUCCCUCAAAAUAGCUAUAUUAUUGAAAGCACAUUCAGAGUUUCCAUAAUUCUGAAAAUACAAAUACAGAGCUAUUGCUUGUCACCAGGCCAUAACUGCAUUUUCUUUUUUAUACAGCUGUAUUAUACCCUUUGGGGAUAAUAAUUGUCUUAUUAUUUUCACCUAUUUUAUUUUAUUUUUUAAAGGUCUCUGGCUGAGCCCUUGCACACCUCCACUCACUCUGCAGUACCUCAUGAUGUCAUUUUCCAUAGGUCAGUCUUUUGGGGUAACCCCUUCCCAGAUUCCCAGGCACCGUCCUUUCUGGAAGUCAGGUUUUACUCUCUGACUGAGCAGCCAUGUAGCUGUCAUCCCCUUUUUUGAGCAUUUCUGGGCAUUUCCUUGACCCUCUUUCCUGGAGCCCUUUUUUUCCCUGCUUCCCUACUUCCUCUUUCUCUUUCCUGUCACAGGAUGGAGAACAUCUCAUCAUGGCUUCUAAUACUUCGCACAUCUGAAAAUGUCACUUCUAUUCUCAUGGUUCAUUCAUAGCAUACCUGGACAUAUAAUUCUAAAACAAAAUACUUCCCCUCAGAGUUUUGAAGGCAUUGUUCUGUUGCAUUCCACUCUGAUUAUUGAUCCUCUGUAUGUGACUUCUUUUUUCUCUCUGAAAACUUUUAGGAUCGCUUUAUCCUUGAUGUGAAAUUUCAUGCACUUAAGCCUCAUUUGAAGUGAACUUUAAAAAUUCAUUGUGUUGCACUGUGCAUGUUAAAUUCCUAAUUUUGAUAUUGUAUUAUAAUUAUGCAAAAUGUUAUUGGAGGAAGUGGGUAAAGGGUAAAUGGGACAUUUCUGUAAUAUCUUUGCAGCUUCUUGUGAAUCUAUAAUUUCAAUAUUAAAAGUUAAAAAAAUAUAAAUAGUAACAUCAUGGAAAAUGGUAGAGGUAGGUGUUCCCAGGAUUGGUCUCUCCACUGAAAUAACCAAUAAGCUGGCAAAAAGUGACAGAAUCAACUUUUGUAGGACUGUGAAUUAUAAUAGAAUACUUCAACCAAGAGAGCACUUAAUGAAUCUUGAUUAAUGCACUCUGAAGAUUUUGGACUUGCCAGCCUCCAUAAUUAUGUCAGCCAAUUGCUUAAAAUAAUGUCUGUAUAUAGACACACAUUCUAUUGGUUCUGUUUCUCUGGAGAACCCUAAUACAUUAUUUAAGCCAAAUUUUUAUCAAUUCAAAUUAGAUUUUUCUGACUUUAAGACACUAAUUAUAAUCACCAGGGUAAUCAGUAAGAAAAUAAUGAAGACAUAUCCAGAAAAGAAUCCAGGAAUCAAAAUGUACUCUAGAAAAAAAAAAAUCAAACACAACAGAUGAGAAUGGAAAGAAUUCAGGAACAGAAAAUUAUGAAACUCACAGAAAACAAUGAACAAUGUAAGAAGUUAGUGCUUCUUUAGCAUUAAUUACUUUAAAAGUAAAUAGAUUAAACUCACCAAUUAAAGGACAGAGAUUGGCAGAAUGGAUGAAAAAACAUGAUCCUCCUAUAUAUGCUACCAGAGACUCACUUUAGAUACAAAGACAUAAACAAAUGGCUGGAAUGUGAAAGGACUGAAAAAGAUAUUCCAUGGAAAUAAUAACCAAGAGAGCUGAAAUGACCAUACUAAUCUCAGACAACAUCUACUUUGGGUCACAAAUGAUUACAAGAAAACAAGGACAUUAUAUAUCAGUGAAAGGGUCAGUUCAUCAAGAAGACAAAAGUUUUAACCAUUUACACACCAAGCUCCAAAGCCCCCAAAUAUAUAAAGCAAACAAUAGCAGAACAAAGGGAGAAAGACAAUUCUCCAAUAAUAGCUGGAGACUUCAAUAAUCAACUUUCAAUAAUGGAUAAGACAUCUAGACAGAAGAUCAAUAAGGAAAUGGAGGACUUGAAUACUAAAAAAAAAAACUUGACCUAACAGACAUUCAUAUAAUACUUCAUCCAAUAGCACAAUACACAUUUUUCUCAAGAGCCCAUGGAUUAUUCUCUAGGACAAACCAUAUAUUAGGCCAAACACCAAGUCUCAAUAAAUUUAAGAAGACUUAAAUCAUACAAAGUAUCUUUUGUGAUCCCAGUGAAGUGAAAUUAGAAAUCAGCAGUACAAUAAGGUAAAUAAAGAAAUACGUGGAAUUUUAAAACUAUAUUUCUAAUAACUAGUGAAUCAAAGAAGAAGUUACAAAUGAAAUUAAAACAUUUUAAGAUGAAUGAAAAUGAAAACACAACAUAUGAAAACUUACAGGAUGCAGUGAGAGCAGUUAUCAGAGGGAAAUACACAUUGCAAAUACCUCCAUUAAAAAAGAGGAAAGAUCUCAAAUCAUUUUUUUUAUAGGAGAGAAAAUUUUAUUUUUUAUUUUUAAGAUUUUAUUUAUUUAUUCG